AUGUUCAGAGCAAUCACUCUGGCACGCACUUGUCGCCUUCAGGCCACUUCUGCUCAUAACAUUCGUUCAUUUUCUAGCUCUUCAUGGCUACUUAAUGCCACUUCUCCAGCUGGAACCAAGGAAUCCUCAGCUCCUACCACUCCCGCACGGACUGUAUCAGCCGCACCUGCUGGUACCCCCCUGAAAGGUCUUAAUUACCUCAAGGAUCGCCAGGAUCCCGUUGCCCUGGAAGAUAGCGAAUACCCAGAUUGGCUCUGGAACCUUCUUGACGAGCGAAAGCAGAAGCAAAAGACAAAGAAGCCCGUCAACCGCCAGUUCCACAGAAAGCAGAACCGCGAUGCCAUCAAGGCCCUCAACUUCAUGAAGGACAAGAAGAACUAAUUUUAUAUAUGUAUUUUUUUAUAGUCAUAGAGUCAACUUUUCUCCUCCCUUAUCCCAAUCAAACAAAUGAUAUUACAACCUAUAUUUCAAUAUUUUUCGACCAUAAAAAAAACCCAGAUAUACAC